UGCAUUAGUUAAUCCGUAAUUUAAUUGCUGACGACUGUAUCUAAAACUUUAAUCAGAGUUAUCAGACCGUCUACGCGGUUAUUUCCGCCAAAACUACCGUUUGCCGCGCGUCAGGAAGAACUGAAAUACCGGCUGGUGGUACUUUAUAAGUUGUUAUGCUUUAACAAUCAUUGAUUUAUAACCCGAUUUCACUUGUUAAAAUGGCUAGCAAAAAUUCCGACUUCCGGAUUAAAGCUCUGCGGUACUCCAGCUUACUAUGGUUGCUGACCAUUCAUGCGUGCGGAUAUUUCACCGCUCUGCCAAGAAAAUGCCGCAUCCAGCUCAUAGUUUUCAUGGGCGUCUACGUUACCCUGCAGUUCGCGGCAAAUCUCUUGGCGGCGCGGCUGUUCUGGGUGCCUCCAUCAAGUGUAUCGGGAAUACUGCUAAAUAUUCCCAAUAAACUGUUGCCUUUCACCCGUGCCUGCUCCGCCGUUACACUGCUGUGGGGCCAACGGAAUGUCUGUGGAUUAAUGAGCGCAUUUGUCUUCAACUAUAAGAAAUACUUGUCACCUGUGAAAGUAACCUUUUUUCUCAUGGUCAGUUGUAUGUUGGCCUCGAACGCCUUUUUCUAUGCAACAAUCACGAUUAUGGAGAUAUCGUCAUCACAAGAGACGAUUGUUAACCGUUUUCUACAGCUAUUCGCUAACCUUGCUCAGAACUCUCGAUGGGCUACAGUGAUCUUGAUUCUUCAGUCAAUUUUUGGUAUAGCGUCUUUCAUCGGUUUCAAAAACAUCCAGUGCUUUGUGGUUUUGUGGCCGUUACUGAUCGGUAUGGUUUUGGAAUCUCUUAAUAAAGAAAUCCGCGAAAUCGACACGGUGAGCACGAUUGAGCAGGCGCGCUGCCUUCAGGAACAUGCCGAAAUCGUCACCGUGAUAAGGCAGUUGAAUAAAUGCUUUUCAUGGAUUCAACCGAUUCUUCUGUUUGAAGAUGCGUUUGCCUUCAUCGGUAUGGCGCAAAUAAUCUGUAUAAACGUUAUCACGAGUGAUAGAAUGAGCGCACAAUCUAUCGUCGAUGUGUGCUUAACAGCCACUAUGAUAAGCGCACAAAUCAGUUCUGCUGUCUUUUUAUACGAAAAGAAUGCCGAAUUUCUUCAAGGAUUAAGAAAUUCAGCUCUCGAGCACCGCGAAACCAAGGAUGACUUGCAAUCGAUGCAUGUGUAUGCAAAACGUUAUAAAGGCACACAUUUGGGAGUCGAGAUUGCUGGGAUAGUGAUAACCCGGGAAAUCGCUUACGGGAUUGCUCUCAGCAUAUUUGGUUACAUUCUUUUAGCCGCGCAAGUUAUCGACAACGAGCGAGAUACGUCAAAAACCCGUUCGACCAGCGAUCUUCUUCAUGCGACGUUUACUACUCUUUGCAAUCACAGCACCAUUUCAUCUAUGACCCAUUUUAUGCAUGCAAGAUUCACUAAUUUUUCAGUGCCAUGAAUAUUCGCCUCCGAAAAAGAAAUACUUUUAAUUUCCUCAAUAAACUUCAUGAGUUGCUUGCCGGAGUAACACAAUGGACUGACUGUUGUACUUGUUACCACUAUAGUCUAUAUGUACUGUACAGUAAGUGCAA